UGCGUGCAUUUAAAUUUGUUUUGGACUUCUGCGGCAAGGUCAGUCAUCUGCUGACGAAAAGAAAACAAGUCAGCAUGGGUCGAUGCGUUUGGCAUCUCGCCAUCGCUACUCUACUCGCUCUCUUCGCAUUUGCCUGCGGUCAGUUCAGCGGGCCACCAGUGCCGCCGCCUCUUCCACAGCUUCCGGAGCCCGUACAGACCGAGAUCACCCUGCAAGCCGGCACUGGGACCUUCAACAGCCCGGGUUUUCCGGACGACUAUCCAGACGACUCAAGCAUCCGUUGGCUGAUAGAAACCGACAGGACCAGGGUCAUACAGCUGACCUUCCACGACUUUAACCUGGAGAAGUCACUGAUCAACCCUGACUGUAACUUUGACUACCUGGCGGUCUACAGCCGUGAUAAAACAACAGGCCUGGACACUCCUAUCGGAAAGUUUUGUGGACAGGAGCUUCCAGGAAGUAUCGAAUCCGACACGAGCGUGAUGUCGGUAGUGUUCGUGUCCGAUGCUAGCAUCCAUCGGUCUGGAUUCAACGCAACAUUUGGUACAAAGAGAUUUCUAGGAGGAGGUUUGGGAAAUAAUUUGGACGUUCCCGACGAGUGUUUGGACGUUCCCGACGAGUUCUACAACUACUGUAAAGAUCUCGGCUACCACAGAACAACACCGACAAACAUGUUCGGUCAAAGCAUCAACGAGACGUUGGACUCACCAGAGUGGGCGCAGAUGGAGAACAUCAACUCGUCCUGUCACCCCCACCUCCGGCCGUUCAUCUGCUCGCUGCUGAUGCCGCGAUGCCUCAUGUCACUCGUCUGGACACCAAGGGGACCACAAUUCUGGAUAUACUUGCAGCGACCGUGUCAGUCCCUGUGUGAGGAGGUCGUGUCAGCCUGCCCGGCAGCCUUCACCAACGGGACUCUCCAGUCAACGGACUGCAGCAGGCUGAACGGUACAAACUGCCUCAACCUGGCAUCUCCUCAAGACUGCUACUACGGCAAGGGCCAGAACUACAUGGGUACGGCCACGCUACCCAUGGAGGGUGACAAGAUGUGUCUGAACUGGACGAGCGUUCUGUCUUAUCAGCUGCUGUACAACUACAACUGGGCAGACCCGCGGAAAAACUACUGUAGGAACCUCGGUCUAGAAGGCAUGCAGGAGCCUUCUUGUCUGGUCAGCUCUGGUUCAGCAACAGGCGUUGAACUGGUCACCGUGGAACCCUGCGGACUGAAGCCUUGUGGUGCAAUCGGAUGCAGCGUUCCUCCUGCCGUGGAGUUCGGGACCAGAAGCCCGGUGAAGAACUUCCACCGGCCGGGAGAAAAGGUGUACAUCACCUGUAAGGCCGGCUACAUGCGGGAGGGGGGCGACAUGUUCAUAACAUGCACAGAAAACGGGACUUGGAGUCAAACGGACAACCUCGGAUGCUCGGUUGACUACAGGAUACAGUUGUCCAACACACUGCUGGCCACAGACCGCUACUUGCCUCAACUCCCUCCCAGCACGGGCAUCGUCAAUAUCACCUUCCAGGCCGCCGUGGUCGAAAUAAUCGACGCAGACGAGAAAAAUGAACACAUGUUCGGAUCCAUGGCCUUUCGACUGAGCUGGAAAGACAACCGCCUGUCCUGGACUCCCGCUAAGUAUGGCGAUGUGAAUCAACUGGUCCUGACCACGAAGGAUGUGUGGACACCAAAUAUCUUCCUCUACAGGAACGGAGAUGCCAAGUUCAGCACGUUUCCAGAUGCACCCGUCACAGUCACCAGUGACGGAGAGGUUGGGUGGGACAUCGUGGAUCUCCUGACGACAACCUGCGACCUCGAGCCGGCUCUCUUCCCCUUUGACACCAUGUCGUGCCCAGUGUGCCUGGGAACGACGACAAGUGUAGAACGGUUUCAUUGCAAAGACGAACAGGACAGCGAGAAGACGAUACAGUCGGACUCGUACAUAGACCAUUUCAUGAAAUGCGGCGAUCAAAUAGAGGAAGUUGUGGACCAAUGGAACGGAAAAUGGACGGUUUCAGUUACUGGCGGAGCUUUCGGGAGCGGCUGUAUCGAAGUAAUGUUUGCCCGCAUCCCAACGUUCCACUUCUGCGCCACUCUGUCUCCGCCCAUCAUCCUCUCCAUCCUCAUGUGCAUCACGUUCCUAGUUCCCACAGACAAGGGAGAUCGUAUCUCAUUUGGCAUCACGAUUCUGCUGUCCAUGGUGGUCUCUCUCGUCUUUAUCACGGAUGUACUACCGGCCAAGGGCUCCAUGCCUGUUGUUGCGAUCCUGCUUGUACUGUACAUGUGCCUGAUGGGGAUAUUCAUGCUUAUCACUGUUGUCGUCAUCAAGAUCAGCACAUACAAAGGGGACCUCCCAAUCGUCGUCAGGAAGGUAUUUCUCCGGUACAUCGCGAGGGUCGUCUUUCUUGGGGACUUGACACAGAAACCACGCGCAGCGCAAACGUAUUCCGUGGAAGUAAAGGUGCCGGUCAAUCGGAAGAAAGAUGACAGUGGCACAGGGAAAAACUCCAUCAGAUCCCUGGGUGAUGCCGUGAACAACCUCGCCACCUCGCGACCGGCAAAGACGGGCGGCAAAAGGGGCGAGAUUAAGACGGAGUACCAGAAACUAGCCAUGGUCUUAGACAGGGUGUGCAUGACUCUCUAUGUCUUCUUCCUAGUCGUCUCUAUUCCCAUCAUCAGGUUUGCUGUUGACAAUACACACAUCCGUUGGAACAUAGAGGCCACCUUUGGCAACUGCGUACGUUUGACCUUCGACCAGUUUGACCUUGAAAAGUCCGAGAUCAAUCCGACCUGUAUCUGGGACUACGUGGCAGUGUACAAUCGUGAUGGAACAGACAACAGGGAUGUUCUUAUAGGAAAAUUCUGCGGGAACACGUCCCCAGGACCUAUCACCUCAGCUUGGGCGAAAACGUUGUCUGUAGAAUUUGUGUCCGAUUCCAGCGUUCGGCGGUCUGGAUUCUCGGCAUCGUUUCGAGCAGUGACGACUUGUGAAGGAGGAAGACCGGACUGUUACUACGGCAAUGGCCAGAACUACAAGGGCGCAGCGACCUUACCAGAGGAGAGUGGGAGGAUGUGCUUGAAGUGGUCCAGUUUCUUGUCUGAUCAUCUUAUGGCUAAGUACAGCUGGGCAGACCCGCAGGAAAACUACUGUAGGAAUUUCCCGCUAGGAAAUGCAGAGGAGCCAUUUUGCCUGGUCAAAACUGAGUCAAAGGGAAAGGAUAUCGUCGCCAUGGAGCCAUGCGGGUUGAGGCCUUGCAACGCCAUCGGGUGCGGCGCUCCUCCCGACGUGACGUUCGGGAACAGAAGCCCGGUGAGGAACUUCUACCUGCCGGGGGAGACGGUGUUCAUCACGUGUGACACAGGCUACGUCCUGGAGACUGACCAGGUCCGGAUAUCAUGUACACCGAACGGGACGUGGAGCAAAACGGACAUCAGGUGCUCAGCUGACUACAGCUUGCAGCUGUCCAAUGCACUACUAGACGAAGACCGGUACUCUUCUAAGCUACCUCCAGGCACAGGAAAUAUCAACAUCACCUUCGAAGCUGCAGUGGUCGAAAUAAUCGAUGCAGAUGAAAAAGAGGAGCAUAUGUUUGGAUCAGUGGCCUUCCGUCUGCGUUGGAAGGACAGUCGCCUGUCCUGGACUCCAGCAAAGUACGGGGACGUCACCCAGCUGGUGCUGACCACAGAGGAUGUGUGGAUACCUAAUAUCUACCUCAUGAGGAACGGAGAUGCCAAGUUCAGCACGUUUCCAGAUGCACCCGUCACAGUCACCAGUGACGGAGAGGUUGGGUGGGACAUCGUGGAUCUCCUGACGACAACCUGCGACCUCGAUCCAGCUCUGUUUCCCUUUGACACCAUGUCGUGCCCAGUGUGCCUGGGGACGACAACAAGAGUAGAACGGUUUCACUGCCCGGAUCCACAGGGCGACAGCGUACCGAAGGACUCCAUGUCGUACAUAGAAAACUUCAUGAAAUGUGGCGAUCAAAUGGAAGAGGUUGUAGACCAAUGGAACGCCAAAUGGACGGUAAGCGUCGAAGGCGGAGUGUUCGGACGAGGCUGCAUCAGUGUGCUGUUUGACCGCAUCCCGACUUUCCACUCCUGCACCACUCUGUCCCCCGUCAUCAUCCUCUCCAUCCUCAUGUGUAUCACAUUCACUCUCCCAAUAGACCAGGGAGAUCGUGUUUCGUAUGGCAUCACGAUUUUGCUGUCCAUGGUGGUCUCCCUGGUCUUCAUCACGGAUGUGUUACCAGCCAAAGGAUCUAUGCCUGUUGUGGCGGUGCUGAUUGUGGUGUACAUGUGCCUGAUGGGGAUAUUUCUUAUCGUCACCGUCAUAGUCAUCAAGAUCAGCUCAAGGAAAGGCCAUCUCCCUCCCCUCAUGAAGAAGAUCUUCCUCCGGUAUCUGGCCAGGGUUGUCCUUCUAGGGGAUCUGACCAAGCGACAUCGCGGGCACAAAUUGGUGAACGAGGACUAUUUGGAGAUGGUCAAUGCUACAAAGACAAAUCCAAGCGUUUCUACUCAAAACUCUAAUGAAGACAUGGCCGCUACUUCGAAGGGUAAAAACAAAACUAAACCACCAACACCGAAGACCCAAAUGGAAAUACUACUGUGCCUGGGGGACACCGUCAGGGACCUGGGCAGGGCGGUCAACAAACUGGCGAUGUCGGGCUCAUCAAAGACUGGUGCCGAGGAAGAGGAAGUCAAGACGGACUAUCAGAACUUGGCCAGGGUCUUAGAUAGGAUGUGCGUGGCUCUCUAUAUCUUUGGUGUGAUACUAUCUAUUCCCAUCAUCCGAUACUCGGCAUGA